AUGGCCGAAAUAACUGAUGAUGCACAAAUGGACACGCAGGAUAUUGAGCAGGAAACUCCGCCCGAGGAUGUCUUCAUGGCGCCGUCGAUCCACAAGGCGGACGAUCUUGCGGGAAAGUCAUACUCGCACUUCUCAGAUGUGCCGAAGAUGAUCGCGGACGACAUGGCCAAGGAAGUCGUACUGGGCGUUGAUGAAGCUGGAAGAGGUCCAGUACUGGGACCCAUGGUCUACGCACUUUUCUACUUGCCCGUCGAACUCCACCACUCAUUGCUCGCCGAUACCCACCACUUCGACGAUUCCAAGAAGCUGACGCCGGAAGUCCGCUCAGAUCUGAUGCGCCGGAUCUGCACGCCGGGCACAGAUCUGUAUGAAGCUGGAGGAUGGGCGACGCGAUCACUAUCCGCACAAGACAUCUCCGCACACAUGCUGUCGCCGAAUGUAUACAACCUAAACGCGCAGGCAAUGGAUGCGACCAUCGACCUCAUCAAAGAAGUUUUGGCAAAGGGUGUCAAUGUGACGGAAAUCUACAUCGACACUAUUGGCAGGCCAGAGACCUACCAGAGGAAGCUGGAGAGGAUAUGGCCCACUAUCCGCAUCACUGUCGCGAAGAAGGCCGACAGUCUGUACCCCGUAGUCAGUGCCGCCUCGGUGUGCGCCAAAGUCACCCGAGAUGCGGCCAUCAACGUAUGCUACGCGCCCUACCACAGCCGCGCCCUAGAGGCGGGCACGGCGGCGGAGAACGCAAAGGUCAAUGUUGCUUGGGGCUCAGGUUAUCCUAGCGAUUCCAAGACUUCGACAUGGUUGAAGCAAAACAUGGACCCGUUAUUUGGUUGGGGCAACGAGUGCCGCUUUUCUUGGGGCACUGCGAAAGAGCUGCUUGAAGGCAAGAAGCCCGACGUCAACGUCGACUGGCCGAUUGAAGACGACGGCAACGACAUGCGCAUGACCGAUUUCUUCCUGGGCAAGAACGACACCGCUGGAGACGAGCUCGUCGACUGGUUCGGGAAGCGUGUGACGGAGGAAAUGGAGGUAUUUUGA